AUGAUGGCUCUGGGUAGAGCUUUGGCUACAGUUUUCUGCUUAAUUCAAGCUGUUUCUGGAGAAAGUGGCAAUGCCCAGGAUGGAGACCUAGAAGAUGCAGAACCGGACGAUCUCUCCUUCUGGUGCUACAGCCAGCUGGAAGUAGAUGGGAAUCAGCAUUCACUGACUUGUGGCUUUAAUGACUCAGACAUCAACACCACGAACCUGGAAUUUGAAAUACGUGGUGCUCUUUUAGGCACGAGUUGUGAAACUCUUAAUAAGCUGCAAGACGUAUAUUUUAGAAAGCCCAUAAAAUUCUCACUGAUUGGUAACAGCCAAAUAUGUGUGAAGCUUGGAAAAAAGGAUUUAAUUUGCAAAACUGUGGAUAUAACCAAAAUAGUUAAAGCUGAGGCUCCUUCUGACCUGGAAGUAGUUUAUCGAAAAGAGGCAAAUGACUUUUUGGUGACAUUUAAUACACCUCACUCAAAAAAGAAAUAUGUAAAAAUAUUAAAGCAUGAUGUGGCCUACCGCCCAGAAGGGGGUGAAAGUAACUGGACGCAUGUAUAUUUAUCCCAUACAAGAACAACAAUCCUAGUGAGAAAACUACGACCAAAGGCAGUGUAUGAAAUCAAAGUCCGAUCCAUUCCCCAUCACGAAUACUUCCAAGGCUUCUGGAGUAAGUGGAGUCCAAGUUCUACCUUCCAAACUCCAGAGCCCAAGAAUCAAGGUGGAUGGGACCCUGUUUUGCCAAGUGUCAUCAUUCUGAGUUUGUUCUCUAUGAUUUUGUUGGUCAUCUUAGCCCAUGUGCUAUGGAAAAAAAGGAUUAAACCUGUUGUAUGGCCUAGUCUCCCUGAUCAUAAGAAAACUCUGGAACAACUAUGUAAGAAGCCAAAAAAGAAUCUGAAUGUGAGUUUCAAUCCUGAAAGUUUCCUGGACUGCCAGAUUCAUGAAGUAAAUGGCAUUCAAGCCAGAGAUGAAGUGGAAAGUUUUCUGCAAAAUGAUCUUCUUCCACAGACUGAGGAGCUGGAGAAGCAGGGACACAGAGCAGCUGUACACAGUGCCAACUGGCCAUCUGAGACUUUAGUCAGCCCACCAGAAACAUUCAGAAGAGAGACACCCCUAAGAUGCCUGGCUAGAAAUCUGAGCACAUGCAAUACCCCUACAUCCCUUUCCUCUAGGUCCCCUGACUACAGAGAAAAUGAAGGGAAUAGGCCUCAUGUAUAUCAAGACUUGCUGCCAAGCUCUGGAAACACAAAUGCCACUGUCCCUCAACCAUUUCCUCUCCAGUCAGGACUCCUGACACCAGUUUCUCAGAGACAGCCCAUCUCUACUUCCUCAGUACUGAAUCAAGAAGAAGCAUAUGUCACUAUGUCUAGUUUUUACCAAAACAAAUGA